AGUGCUGGUCACUUGGAGAACUAAAGAUGGCGCCGGCUAAGUCCGAGGCGCCCGAGUUUGUGCUGGUGUAGAUGCGAUAGGCGGAUUAGUCGGGAUUGGAGUGUUUGAGUCCGGCCGGGAGAUGUGUGAGAGGUAUGCGCGCUCGGUGCUGCGGGUGUCGGUGGCUCAGCUCUGCCAGGCUCUGGGCUGGGACUCGGUACAGCUGUCCGCCUGUGAGCUCAUCUCGGACCUGCUCGAGCGCUUCCUGCUGCAGCUCGCGCGCUCCACUCACCGUCACUCCAUGCUCUAUGGACGGACGGACCCCGGGCUGAGCGACCUGGAGCAGGCGUUCGGGCUGAUGGGGGUGAGCGUCUCGGAACUGGAAGACUACGUCAACAAUCUGGAGCCGGUGAGCUUCUUCCAUCCCGCUCCGCAGUUCCCUAUCGGCAAGAGCAGCGCGCUGCAGUUCCCCACCUCCACCUUCGAAGCAGAUGCCCGGAACGUCCUGCGUGGAGACAAGAGGGACUACAUCCCAGAUCACCUCCCUCCACUGGCCCCACUGCACCAAGAUGAAGAGGAGGAGGAGCAGGUCCCCGCGGACAUGGGCACGUCGGCCGAGGCCAUGCAGGUUUCGGUAGACGAGGAAGAGCAAGGUGAGGACGAAGAAAACGACGAGAACUGGCUCGGCCAGCGCAGCUCAGACAGCCCGAGGCCAGAAGGACUUCUACCCGCUGCCAAGCGGCCACGUCUGAGCAUCAAAGCUGGCGCCAGCCCAGAGUGGAGCUUUGAGCCUCGCGAGCCUCUCAGUUCGCUCAACGCCCAGCACAUGGCGCGCUCCCCGUCCCCGACUCUGCCUCUCGACAUGGUUCGUCCCACCGCAGGGCCUCCGACACCCGGGCACAAACCCAAAGUGUCGUCCCUGUCCCCUGCCCGUCAGAAGAAUAAAUCGCCCAAGAGAGGGAUCGGCACUCCGUCUGCCAUACCAGCUCGCUCUUUUACCAUGACCCCGCCGAAAAGUGGACAGAAGGCGGGAAAGAGGUCGCCCGGGCGACCCAAAAGCCCUCGAAGCCCACGCCCAGGGCCCGCCAAUUUGAUGCGCGGCUUGACCGGAUCGUACUCCGAGGACGUCUCCAACGACGGCGAGCUCAAGGACGAAGCCAUCGAGGACUCCAUCGCGGCCGUGAUAGCGAGGGCGUGCUCGGGCGGGGCGGGUGUUGAUGACCCAUUCGCGUACGAUUCGGACUCCGACAGCGAUGGGUUCCAGAAGGGCCCGCCGAAACACCCGGCCAAACUCACACCGCUCAAACCGCUACACACCCACUCGGUCAAACACACACCCGUACCGCCUCCGGGCCUGCUCGCGUCUGCCCCGAACCGCUGGACCCUGGACGACUCUAUAGACGAGGUCAUCCGAAAAGCUAAUCAGGGCCAGACUGUGCCCUGCCAGGCAUCACCAGUGCCCCCGUACAUAACCACCCCUUCUAACUCGCCUCCCACGCCCACGCUGCCAACCCUCAACCUGCCGCAGCUCAAAGACCCCGCGGCCUCGUCCCUCCUGAAGAAAAAACUGAAGAAGGACAUCAAGACCAAGCUGAAGAAGAAGGGCCGAGAGCGUCUGAAAGAGAAGAGCAAAGACAAAGGGAAGAACAAGGAGAAAAACAAGGAGAAGAAGAACAAGGACAAGGAGCGAGGCUUAGCCGAGGACCUGAAGACGCCCUGGCCGGAGUUAUCGCUCGGACUCGAGGCCAGGAUAGACGCCGCCGGAGGGAAGAAAGAAAAGGACAAACACAAGGACAAGAAGAAAGAUAAAGAAAAGAGCAAAAAAGACAAAGAGAAACGGGACAAGAGCAAGGACCGAACGCUGAAGGAGGAGAGGAAACUGUCGUUCGGGGUCAAAGACGCCAUGUCCGCCUCCCUCCCGCUCUUCAGCCCUUCGGCCUUCACGCGGGUUCCCUCCAUGCUCCCCCCGCUGCCCCCCAUCCUUCCCGAAAAACUCCUCCACGUCAAAGAGACCAAGAGCAAGGAGAAGGAGAAGAAGAAGGACAAGAAGGAGAAGAAAAAGAAGAAGGACAAGGAGAAGGAGCGCGACAAGGAGAAGGACAAGGAGCGGCCCAAGGAGAAAGAACGCGACAAGGAGGAGAAGAAGAAGGAGAAAGACAAGGAGAAGAAGGAGAAGGUCAAGGAGAAGCCCAAAGUGGAGAAGCUGAGUAUAAUGUCUCUCCCGCAGGUUGACGCUCCCGUGGUGCCGCAGUCGCCCGUCAUACCCAGACUGACGCUCAGAGUGGGAGCCGGACAGGACAAAAUUGUCAUCAGUAAGGUCUCAGAUUUGGAAGCCACCCCUCCUCCUUCUCGGACUCCCGUGCCCCGCUCGGGUCCAGGUGCGCGGAUGCGCUCUCCUCCUGUCGUCGUUCCCCCCACUCCACCUCCCGUUGCCCCUAUACCUCACCCGCCACCUGUGGUGCUGCCACCCCCUCCGCCCCCGGUGCUUCAGCCCCCAGCCAACCAGGGCAAGGCCCGCGGCUGCAGCGUCGUCACGGAGACCGUCAGUGCUUACGUGAUUCGGGACGAGUGGGGUAACCAGAUCUGGAUCUGUCCCGGUUGUAAUAAACCCGACGAUGGAAGUCCCAUGAUCGGCUGUGACGAGUGUGACGACUGGUACCACUGGCCUUGUGUGGGGAUCAUAGCCGCCCCUCCGGAGGAUCAGUCCUGGUACUGUGUCAAGUGUUCUGGCAAGAAGAAAGACAAGAAAACAAAGAAGAGGAAACGUAAAGCGCACUGAUGAUCCUCCUACCGUUCGGCUCCAGCUCUCUCUCUCUCUCAGUCUGGACCUCUCUCUCUCUCUCUCUCUCUCUCUCUCCCUCUCUCCUUUUUAAUCCGAGUCUCUCCGGUCAUUUAAGUAUUUUUUAAAAGGAAAAAAAGACGAUAUGUUGUUUUUUUUAUGUGGAUGAUUCUAUGAUAUGUCUAUACGAUGUGUGUACAGAAGCCAGCCACUGUUCAGUCACUGAGAGAGUGUGUGUGUGUGUGUGUGUAUGAGAGGCUUUACAUCUUCAUGGAUGGGUUUUUCAGACGUGUCCUGACCCGUCACCGUCACCUCACCUAAAAAAAGAAAAGAGAAUUGAUUCUGUACGCUGGUCCGCCUUUUUAAUAAUAUUCUGAUUUACUCUGACUGAAAGUGCAGUUUCCUUUUAUUGUGCAUUCGAUUAAAAGCUGUUUUUUCCA